GAGCAGCAGUCCAGCCACUGACAGAGCAGGCAUUCCCUGGGUCCUGAUGACUUCCAGAUGACAGCCUGGCCAGAGAGAACUCAGCACUCAGUCACAGACAGAGGGGGAGAGAGAGGGGGAGAGAGAGAGAGACGAGAGUGAGAGAAAACGAGAGGUAGAAGUAGAGAAAAAGAGGAGAGUGAGAGAGAGAGAGAGUGAGUGAAUGAAGCAGUUGCAUGUGAAGUGGUUUAGCAGUGCUCCAGUCAGUAUUCUUACCUCAUUCUCCUGAUGGUUGUUUGUAUUCAGCUCUCUCCAGCUGGGGCCUGGCUGGCUGCUGUGAUUGGAUAGUGACUGACUCAAAUUCAAAGCCCAGGGAGACAGACAGACGACAGGGCCCGAGGAAGAGAGCGAGAGAGACAUCAGGGCAGGACGGUAGUCAGUGUAUGUGUGCUGGGCCGAGGGUCAUCAUGAUGCAUCGGUGGCGUCUACUCAUCACUGUGUUCUAUUGCCAGCUGUACCUGGCUGCUGCUCAACACUGGAGGAAAGCCCUUUACCCAUCAGCUUUUAGAGUGAAGCGUGGCGCACACUCAUUGGUCAACCCCACCUUCCAGAACUCUGUGGAAGAUGUUAACCUGCUGUUUGAGAUCCUGCUGGCAGGCCUGCAGAUUGAGGGUGAGGACAAGCCCUUCAUGAUCCCAGACCAGGAGCUGGCUUCUCUGAGGAGGGUCCAAAAGCUGGAGGUCAUCUGUGAGGACAUUCUGCCCAAGAGACUCUCCGAGAUCAGACGUUUGACCUCUCACCUGUCCCAGCGCAGAGGUGCCCUGAGCAGGGAGGACUUUGAGCGCACAGUGCUCACUAUGGUGUACACUGCCCAGACUCUGGCUCAUACCACCUCCCAACACCAGAAGGGGCUGUGGGGAGACGCCCUGCUACAGCUGUUUAGGGCCAUACAAGAAGAUCUGACGCCCCCACCCAGGACACCUCAGCACAACUAGUGUUAUGGACUUAUGUGGACACAUUCUUUUAGAUACUGUAAUAUACUGACUCUUUUAUACUGUAACACAAGUCACUUUUUGGCAGAGAGUACAAAGGAUGUUUUCUAUUGAGUUGUAUUGUAUUAUCAAAAUGACUGUUCUGAUAAUGUAAUAGUUUUGGUUAUGAUCAAAUGAUGAUAUGAUCUAGUCAUAUUGAAGGGAAGAUGUGGGAAAAGGAGGCAUGUGAACUCUAUCCUGUUCAUGUUCUAUCUAUCGGAUUCUGCCUUGUUCCUGGACUUCAGAUGUAAACACAUAUUUGUAAUACUUUAUCAGUCACUCUGUCAUGAUUCAUUACAGGUCUUUAUCAAAACUUCUGUCAUAAUCUUCUCAGCUGUUUAUCACAAUCACAUCAACUUUCCCCAGCACGGUCCUGAUGCGAAAAGGAGCUUCAUUAAAAAAAUUGUCCCAUGAGGUGAAGAAAUAUUGUAUUGAACUGUAACAUUGCUUUGGAUGAAGACAGGGGUAUCAAUUUACUCAGCUUAUUUCUCUGUAAUUGAUGUUAGAAUAAAAUAAUUAUCAAUAUGA